AUGUCAGGGACAGACGAGCACACUCAGUCCUACCUGUGGUGGGUAGGCGUCGGCAUCGUGUUCGUCGGGUCGCUUGCAGGCGCUGUCGGAGAUACCAUGGUUCGACACGUGUAUGUGAUGGCGGGGGAGGCCUUCACUCCCAAGCAGAUGCUGCGGUGCCCGAUGUUCGUUGCUGGAAUGCUGCUCACGGUCGUCCUUGAUCCAUUUUGCACUUUCCUCUCUCUCCUCUUUGCUCCAUCGUCGAUCGUCACGCCGUUCGCGGGAGUGCACAUCUUCUGGGCGGUGAUGAUUGCACACUUUUGGCUAAAGGAGCACCUGGGCGGGUGGGAGAAGAUCGGCUCCUUUGGCAUCGUCACGGGUGUCAUUCUCAUGGUUGUCUUCUCGGGUAAGGAAGCGAACAUCGGGAGCAUUGACGCCUUCGACUCCUACGCGCAAAGCGCCGGCGCCAUCGCUUACAUAGUCGUCUCCUUCAUGAUCCUCAUCGUCAUUCUCGAUCUCGCCUUCGCCUUCUACCCCUGCUCCCUCGGCUCCUCCGAGUACUCUGUCCGCCGAUUGGCCACCUCGCUGGCUUCGGGUUUCCUUGGAGGCAACGCGAACGUCGCUGCGAAGUUUUUUUCCAUCAUCGUUAUGGACCUUUUCUCGGGAAACACGUCUGUCUUCGGCAACUGGAGGACCUACGUCGUAACGCUCGGCGUCUGCUGCGUCGGCUUGGGGCAGCUGUUUUUUCUCAAUCUCGCUCUGCGACGCUACGAGGCGGUCUACGUGGUUCCGACGAUCAACAGCUGCCUCGUCGCGGAGGGGACGAUUGGCUCGAUUCUCGUGCUCCACGAAAUCCCUGGAAACUGGAUUGCCUUCAGUUUCGGACUCUUCAUGUGCAUCGCGGGAAUCCUCAUUUUAACGACCAUGCACACCGUGCAGCCCUCCGCUCUCGAGGCGAAGCCGUCGAGAGAGCCGGCGGCGAUUGAGAGCGCCGUGCUCUCAGAGCGUCAGGAGUCGAAAGGUCUCGAAACAGCCGAGCGUUACGCCACGCGCAAACUGGAAACCCUCACGCGCUCGUUCUCCAGGUCUGCGACGGCGGUAGCAGAGAUGGCUGUCAUUCUCAACCCGAAGGCGAUGUACAGCAUGUACACUAUGCAGGAAAACAGGCCUUUCGACCAAACUACACAGCUGCCUGCCGUUGAGGACAACUCGACGCCGGCAGAUUCCUCGUGCGGCUCCUCAGCGGGCGUCGGCUCUCCGCGCAGUUCUGCAGCAGGUCUGCGGUCCUCGGGGAGUCGCCGAGACUCCGAUACCGCUUUCGCGCCGCGUUUUAGUCCUGUGCCGCCGCCUCCGCCUCGUGGGCCGCAUGCGUUGGGACCCGUGCCGGCACCUGUGCAGCCGCCGCCUCGGAUUUGCGUGACCCCCGAGCAGCCGUGA